CUUUACUUCGUGCUCAGUGAUAACAAUAUGACAUAGAACAAUCUACAUCACUGCAUGGAGCAAGGCCUAAGUUGCCAAACGUUUUGUUGAUGUUUGUAAGAUGUUACUUCCAAACGUAUAUCUGUGAUGUCCUAUUCAAGAGCAAUGGCAGAUGACAACGAAUUAGACAAAUUUAGGAAUGAAUGGAAAAAUGAAUUGUCACAUUCAGGUUUACCUGGAGAAUCUAAUAAGACAGAUGUGACACCGGGACACUCUCAUUCUCCAUCUGAGAAAUCUAACGCACCGCAAACGUCUGCUGGAAUAUUGUUGCAGAAGUCAAAACCACAUGUGUAUGAACCAACAGAAGAGCCCCCUAAGCAAGCAGAAGGUCAAGUCCACCAAGAAACUGAAGAACAAACAUACUAUCCGUUUAGAAUUUUGGGGAAGUUAUUAAAUGAAGGUUCUAACCCAACGGAGGAUGUGGGUAAAUCUCAAUGCAAAAGAAAAUAUUUUGCGGAAGAAGCACCAGGUGACAGAAAUGUGACCUUGAAGAAGAGACAUUGUGACCUGACUAAUUCUGUUGGUCAGAAAGGUCCUCCCAUACCAAAUGUUUCCCAGUCUCAGGAUAAAACACGUGUGAAAACAAGCGAACGAUUUUUGGACUUAUUUAUAGCAGACCUGGAUGAGAUAAAUGAAAUUCCUUUCUUCGAUGUGUCAUUACCACGAGAAGUGGCUGUACAGAUAUUCAAGCAUUUGGCCAUGGAAGACCUCUGUCAUUGUGCACAGGUGAGCAAGAGUUGGCGCAGUCUGGCUGAUGAUGAGCUACUGUGGUGCCAGGUCUGCCACCAGCUGGGGUACGACCAGGAUGUGUUUACCCUGGAGAAGACCAACUGGAAGAAUGUGGUCCGGCAUCACAUCCAACAGCGCCGGACCCUCAUCACAAACUGGAAAGGUCGACUGGGCAAGUUGUUUCAACUUCAGCAUCCGCAGGGAGGCGUGAUGUGUGCCGCAUCGACAUCCGACCCCAUCAUUGCAGCAGGGUACAGCAACGGAGACGUGAAGAUGUGGGACCUAAAUAAUGGGGACACCUGUGUAUUCCAACCCAGCAGCACAGCACUGAGAAUCGAUGAGAGAGAGGAGGAGGGCACCGUGCCUAACUACGUCCUCCACGUACAAACAUCUCCACACUUUACAGUGGCCAGCUACAAACACCGGCUGGUGGAUGUGUGGCAAAAUGACCAAGGAGUGAGUCCCGUCAGCUCCUUCCAGUGUGAAGGAGGAUGGGACAUUACGGCGCUGAAACUGGCACAGUUGUCUCCCCUGUUUGCACUGGCCCAGGGCUACUAUGUGCGUGUGUACAGAGCUGAAAACAGCCCAGAAUUCUCAAUGAUUGAUAAACUGGACCUUAAUAAGAUGGUGUGUCACAUCCAGUGGCUGGAGCCGCCCUCCCCGCAGUACAACCCAGACUACGCCCUGGCCAUCGCUACCCACAACAUCGUCAGCCUGUACAGACCAGGGCUGGAACAUACCAGUGAGAUUCACAACAUGAUUGACAGCCCUAUCUCCUGCUUGGACAUGCGCAGUGACCAGGGGCAGAUGGGUGUUGGGUGUGGCAUGUAUGGGCCCACUGAGGGAUAUAGGGUUCACCUGUAUGAUCUGGCGACAGCACGGCUCCUGACCUCCCUGCAGGGACACACAUGGAUGGUCACAUGUCUCAACAUGGCCAACAGCCCCGCCCACAACCUCAUCACGGGCUGCGGAGACCGCAAAGUCCGCGUUUACGACACUCGACAGUCUACAUGGCCAGCGAUGACGCUACUGGGGCAUUCUGGGAAAAUAACGUGCGUUCAGAUGGACGAGUGGAAGGUGGUGUCGGGGGACGAGGGCGGCUUUGUGAGGGUCUGGGACCAGAGGAUGAGCAAGAAACUCUGGGAGUGGCACAACAGGAACCCUGUCUCCUGUGUACACUUCAGUGAGGGCCACCUCAUCGUGGGCAAUGUGCCGUACGACAAGUUCCCUGUGGUGGACCACCUGGACAGAAUUCCCCAUCCGAGGUCCCGAGGAUCACUGCAGGUGUACGACUUCUCCGCUGACCAGACAACUAAGGGACUGCCCGAGAUCUGCCAUUCCUCCUAUGACCAGCCCGACACCUACAACUACAACAUCCGCCUUGCCGUGCCGUAUGACACAAUAUGAACUGCUGUGUGUGUGUAUCAACAAUAUCAACAACUACAACAUCGGCCUUACAGUGCCAUACCACUUGAAACAAGCUACUGUGUGCGUGUGUGUGUAUCAACCAUAUCGACAACUACAACAUCCGCCUUGAUAUGCUGUACAACUUGAAACAAACUAUUGACCAGAUCGACAAGUACAGCAUAAGUCUUGCUGUUUCAUCCACAGUAUAUGCCUGGCUGUUUCAUACAACUCGAUAUGAACUACUGCCUGUGUGUCAACCAGGCCGACACUUACAUCCACAGUAUAUAUACCUUGCUGUUUCAUACGACUCAAUAUGAACUACCGCGUGUGUGUCAACCAGGCCGACACUUACAUCCACAGUAUAUAUACCUUGCUGUUUCAUACGACUCAAUAUGAACUACCGCGUGUGUGUCAACCAGGCCGACACUUACAUCCACAGUAUAUACCUGGCUGUUUCAUACGACUUGAACUUCUGUUUGUGUCCAUGCAUACGUGUGUAUACAGAAUACUGUUCCUCCACUGUAAAAAAUAAGAGAUGUGCUUCUUUGUCUCUUUUUAUACUCUUAAAUGAUUUUUUUGUCAUUGUUAUUACUAAACUCAGAUCAUGAGUUACUGAACCUUCCCCUGGAGAGCUCUAGUAGUGGCCCAGUGCUGGCCAAUCACUGCUAUCAUGUCACUAGAUUACACCAUCAUACUCUAGGAUGUAUACACUCACACAAACACAUCUGAAGACUUCGGUUUUAAAAAAGAUUUUAGCAAUAAUAAGUAUUUUGUUUUUUUAUGUCCAAGAUUUUAAUGUGUAUGUGUAAAUCACCAUAGACAACCGAACUGGGAUUAGCAGUGUCUGUGAUUGUGUGUACAUCAGUGCAUUAAACCAGGCAACCUUCAGUUUUACAUGGACAUACUGACUAAUCAUAGCAUUUACUUGAGACAACUUUACAACAACGAACAUGUUGCUGGUGAAACUGUAUCAUACUGUACAAUAAAUGUGUACAUUUGUCAA